AUGGCUCGCCCGCAACCAAUAACUGUGCUAAUGAACCUUCGUGCCUAUAUUAAAGAUGCCCUCGAUAACAGUCCACGAAGCAAGCCAAUAUCUGCAGUCAAUAAAAGAUUUAUGAUGAGCUUUGGUGUCAACGGGGAGCCUUGCCGGGAUCUAUUCGAAUUCCUAGGGUUUACUUUCAGGAGGGAUUUGGAUGGCUUCUGGGAUCCUCCUCGCCUUAGUCCAUGGGCGCACCAACCUUACACUGACGAGCAGAGGAUUUUCCUCGAUAAUGUCUUUUACGAACUAUCAGCACUCAUAGGGUUACGGUCCCCGGUAGAGAAAAAGGGCAAUCAGGACGACUUCACCUUCCAACCUGCCAUUGAUGACUUGUACUUUGCAGUAGAUGCAUUGGAUUACCCCAAAGCGCCGAGACUAAACGAGUUUCAAAUGGCAGACGCUCCAUAUUACGAGGACCUGGGUGUUGUUGAGGAUAUGUCGACGUCUUCGAUCCUCGAUGCGUUUUCUCGCCAAAUCACGGUGGACCGAGGGCGGGGCCCCAGCUAUCUGCAAUGUCUCAAGGAGAUAGGAUUGCUUCGAGGCGGAGAAGACGAGGAAACUAUCAACCGUGCUGUUGAGACGGCGUGCUCAGAGGGCAAUCUAUACCUUGAUUCGGACAUCACCGAAGCAUACAAGUACUUUGGCCUUGGUCGCGAUGACCAACGACUUACUGAGGACAGCAUCAUUGGAACGUUCUACGCCUAUUUGAGCUCUGUCUCUAGCACUCAGGAGACUGAAGCCCGCAGGCAACUCUGGAGGAUAGGUGACAGUAGGAAUAGCGAGCGCAUAAAGUCCGCGGCGGAAGACAGAAUUGCUACACCUGAACAAGCUCAAGUUUUCCUUGGAGUCAGCGAUGAUACUGCGGAUGAUUUUGUCAUGACGAUGUUUACAGCAAAGGUAAAUGAUAACCCGUCUUGCAGGGAUGUUGCGCGGCGUGCUGUUCAAUUGAUAGCCGAGGCCCGGAAAUCCGACGUACUAAAGCACUUUGUCAAAACGGGUGAAAUGACAGCUGGUGAGAUGGAUGUGGGUGAUGCCUACCUGCUACUGCAGAUACCAGAUCGCAAUGCAGAUGAGGGCGCAAUAAUGGCUGCCUACACGAUCUGCGUUGAUGAUGCCCCAGAACAGGCUGAGAAAUAUAAUCAGGCCCUGGCCAUUAUUGCCAAGGAAAAGAACAGCCCGCUGCUGGGCGGCAUGGUGCCUGGUUACGCAGCGAAACCUGAUCAUGAUUUGUCCAAUUGGCCCGUUGGCUUGCAAAACAUUGGGAACACCUGCUAUCUCAACAGCUUAUUGCAGUUCUAUUUCUCUGUUCGUCCCUAUCGCGAGAUGGUUUUGGAUUUUGAGAAAUAUAAAAUGGAGUUGGACGAAGAGAGCUGCCAGAAAAAGCGAGUGGGUUCUCGUGGCGUCUCAAAGAAGGAGAUUGAACGUUCUCAGAAAUUUCUCAGGGAACUCAGGGUGUUGUUUUCGGAUAUGAUCUCUUCUCCGAAGGAAUUCGUCACCCCUGGUCAGGAGCUAGCACGGUUAACCCUAAUCAGCCCUUCUAACGAGGCCGCCAUCCGCCGUCGGUCAACAAUAUCAGCAGGACAGUUCGGCGGGCUCGGCGAGCUCAACGGAAUGCCGGUCUUAGGCCCCUUGGGACCGCCGGCUAUAAUCUCAGAAAACGAAACUCAAGAGCGGGCUUUGGGGCCGGAGAAGACUAAGCUAUCUAGUGACGAAGAUAGCGAGGAUACGCUUGUCUCUGACGGAGUAAAGAAUGAGAUACCAGCCACUCUAAAUGACGACAAAGAAAAUGAGCCACCACAAGAUGACGCUGUCAUGGUCGACGCGCCUAAUGAAUCAACUCCCAGAGCGGAAAGCCGCGAUACUCAGGCUGCAGCAACUUCAUCAGACGAUUCUAAUAAGCCUCCACCCGUACCGCCGCGACCUACUCCGCAAGUAGAUUCUCAGCGGCAGCUUAUCGACGAGGUCGAAAUAGGAGCACAGCAAGACGUCACCGAAGUAAUCAAUAACGUCCUUUUUCAGAGUCAGUGUGCCAUUCGGCCGCUGUCGAUUGCGCCUGACGGCGAGCAGCUUGACCAGGUAAAGGAUCUGUUCUAUGGGAAAGCGACCUCCUACAUUCUGUCGGACAAGGGCCGGCGAUCAAAGGAGGAGUGGUGGUGUGACAUCAAGAUCGAUGUCGCAACCGGACCCCGUGACAUAUACGCAGCUAUUGACGGCGCUUUUGAUAUCCAGAAAGUUAGCGUCGAGAACUCGGUGGCGGAACAGUAUGCUACCAUCAGCAAGGCUCCUCCCAUACUUCAGAUCCAAGUGCAGCGUGUCCAGUUCGACGCGGUCAAGAAGCGGUCUUUCAAGUCCACCCAUCAUUUAGACCUCAAGGAGACCAUUUACCUUGAUCGAUAUAUGGACACACUGAACCCCGAGAUCCUGCGCCGUCGAAAACAAACCUGGGAGUGGAAAGAUCAUGUGAGAAAACUCGAAGCACGUCAAUCAGAACUUCUACGCCAAACUGAAUCCGAUGGGUUAGACACUGCAACGCUCUUAAAUAGUGCUAGGGAUAUCCUGAAUGAUCUCAGUGAAAUGAAGCAGGACCCUGACACUGCUCGAGAUGCAAUCAAUGUUGACCCUGCGCUCGCCCCGGAGCUCGAUCGACUAGCACAAGCGGCCCACGACGAACUCAAAGUCCUUGACCAAGAAAUCACGGAAUACCAAGCCAUGAUCUCCAGCCAAUUCGACUAUAGUAGGCAGUUAGCCUACCGACUAUACGCUGUCUUUGUCCAUCAUGGGUCGGUCGAAUUCGGGCACUACUAUAUCUACAUCUUCGACUUUGAGCGCAACAUCUGGCGAAAGUACAACGACACCUACGUGACUGAAGUCAGCGAUCUGGAUGAAAUAUUCAAGAGCCAAGAUCGCCAAAACCCUCCAACCCCGUAUUUCUUGGUUUACGUUCACGACAGAAUGAAAGAUCGACUUGUCAGUCCGGUAGAAAGAGAAAUCGCGGAAACAUUGCCGGAGAGCGCACCUGGGCCAAGCGCAAGCAGCACCGCGUCUAUGGAGGGAGUGACACCCUCAAAGGGGUCAGAAGACGUAGAAAUGGGUCCGCCACCAUAUGAUGAGGUUGUUACUGAGAGCGGUGUACCAGGUGAGGGCGCAGACUCCGAAAUGAAGGAAAGAGGGAUACCAAUGCUCGCGGAUCAUGACAAGACUGGAUCAUGGGCACAUAACGGGACUGACAAGACUGGUGUGAAAUGGUAG